UUUAGCCUGAUGCGCAUCAGAGCCUUUACCAUUUUAUUUUUCUUUGUUCAGCAAGAAACCAUUAAUUUUAACUCUUUUCCCCAGGAGCUGGAGCUCUACAGAGAGAGGACUAACACUUGGACUUUAUGAUGAGCAGUUUUUUAACAGUAUGGGAGAAAUGAUUGGAACAAAUAAGUAAGAUUCAACGAGCUUUUCCUUCUCAUAAUACUUCUGUAACUGUGGAGUAAAUCAUUUGGAUGUCUGGUCCGUGCCAGAGCGCAUGGGGAGCGCACUCCGUGGGACUGUUAGUACGUGAGUGACACUAUCCAGCCGGUCACAGCCUUCUCAGUAACCUCAGAAACAGUCCCAGUCCCGGAGGAGGAUGCCUUCCCUGCACCACGGAGCAAUCUUCAUCGGAGCCUUCCUCAUUGUGACCGGGGGCUCCACAGCCUUCCUGGCCUCAUACCAGAGCCGCAUGCAGGCUUUCUCCCUGUGCUGCGUGGUGCUGGGGGUGGUCAUGCUCAUCCUGGGGUUAUUCUGGGCUAUGAACAGCAAAAGUGCAGCAAACUACAACCACCGAGAGUUCGACCCGGAGUGUCCACAUUAUCCAUACAACGACUCCCCCAACUUUGGCAGCCAUGCCCUCUUCACACCCCCAGGAAGCCGUUUCCCAGAGUCCCAGUCAGUGUUUCUGCCCAGGACAAUGGAACGCCACAGGCACGUUGCUCGUGGGGAGGAGUUCGACUACCCUCCCAUGGACCAUGGUGGUUUCAGUCCAUCGCCUCACCCUCCUCCAUGGCAGGAACCCCCGCCUCCCUAUGAGGUUGCCAUCAAGACCACGUGCAGCUCUACACACCUGCGACGCGCAUACUCAGACACACACCUGGCGACAGAGCCCCUGUUUGGACAAUCAAGAGAGAUCAGCUUUGAGGUGUGACACUCGACGAUACGGACGUCCAACCACACUGUACAUCACAAGAUAAUUAGCCAUGAGCCUGGGGUUUUUACUCAGACUCUGCAAUAGCUGUCUCCUGACAGCAACUAACUUUAUCAAACACUUGAAGCAUGUUUCUUCCUGACGUUGAACAGUGGGUCCUCGCAUGUUUUCCCUAAGUUUUCUGUAAUUACAAUGCAGGUGUAAAUGCAUAUUUAAACAUAUGGUGAAAUAAAAGGUGGAUCCCAUCGGAUUCAGCAUUAGCAAACCAAAAAAGCAACAAAACAGAAGUGUCAAAAAACCACGUCUUGGUGUCAUCGGGAGGGGGGGUGUUGCAAUCGCAACAAUCAAGGCAAAUUCAACCCAUCCCUGUGAAUUCUGCUUGAUCUGGCAAUUUUGUUCAAUCACUGCAGCUUUCCCGCAUAUUUCACCAAUCAUCUUGUUUCCCAUGAGUCUCACCUCCUUGUUUCUAGUUGUGAAGAUGCAGACAUGUGUGCCUCAGAACGUCUCACAUUUACCAACAAAAAUUACUGCCUAAGACUGUGCAAGGUAAUUCCUUGGUGUUAUGCACAGAAGAGGGGUGAACUGUUUUGCACAGCGUGCAACGUUGUGGUAGAACACAAACACUUUUGUACAGCAAACACACAUAGAGAAUGGCUGACACACACGGACGUUAGACAAGACAAAUCACUGUGCCAGAGACUGUUACAUUCAGAUCUACUGAAAAUGUGGAAAGAAUCAAGGUGAGUUAGAUUAACUAUACAUGGUUAGUGAUAAUGUUAGUGUUGUAUAAAUCACAAAAGGAUAAGCCCUGUUUCCACCGAGCAGUACGCUGCAGUUCAGUUCGGUAUGCAUUUUUUCUGUUUCCACUGUGAAAAGUUGUGGAUGGUACCAAUGGAACCGUUCCUUAGCGUCCCCAUGUUUGGUCCCCCCUCUGUUGGGGUACCUAGCACUAGGGAUGUAACGAUAUGGAAAAUUUGAUAUCUCAAUUAUAGUGACCAAAUUAUCACGGUAAAGAAUAAUAUCGCGAUAUUUUUUAAGUGCUGUAAAAUGUCCAAAAAAUAGAUACAUUGAAAUAACUUCACUAAAUCUUGUAACUUCCUUAUCAUACUAAAAUGUUAACAGCAAAAAUCUUAUAUUAAAAUGAAACUUUCACAUUAAAGGGGCAAGGGAUUGGCACAGCAA